UCGGCAUACAACGAACUAUGACGUACCCAACGUAAGGCUGGCCGUGAAUCUGGUUUUGACGCGUGCUUCACUUGCUUCUUCUUCUGCUUCAGGUUGCUUCUGCUAUUGCUUCUCCAACAUUACCUGUACUUCCUAAUCGCAGGUAUACUCAAGAAGCUUCUUGGACAUACGAGAUCCAUUGACUUGGUCAUCUUGUAGCACCAUGGAGCCCCUCGUAUCGCGCCUGAUGGUCAAGGCCGCACCGCGUGCCAGCAGCCUCUCCAGAUCACGCACACCACUAUCGAGAACCACAGCCACCUCGGCCACAUCGUCGCAACUACGCCUGAAGCGCCUAUUCGCGACGACCGACACAAACCGAAUCAGAGAGCAGAAGAAGCCCUUCGACACGGCCUCGGCUCCAGACAGCCAUUACUCCCAACCUGCGGCAAAUUUGUCUCAAGAUGUCACAUCAGAAGAGAAAGACCACUUCUCGCGUAUCGAGAAGCAAUCCAAGGAAAUGCAGACGCGGAGCCCCUGGAUGCAUGCGGGCUCAGAUGUGCCUCCAGUUUCGCGGCCGCGAAGCGCUGGGGCAAUGACCAAGGGAAAGCUUUUGACCACUCCCUCGCGCAUGCUGAAGCUCAUACUGCCGCUGAGCACGAAAGAUAACAACAAGGACCGAAAGAAUGUGGAGCCGUUGGCGCUAUUGGUCCAUCCCCAGCAGCCAUUGAGCUACCUAGAACGAUUGAUACAAUCCGAAAUACCGUUCAUUGACGACAAGGAUGGCAAGACUCGUCCCCCCAGUGUGCAUUUCCGCGCAGAAGACAACAUGGAUGAGAUCAUUGGUCGUGAUGAGACUCCUGCAGAGAGCCGUGAGACAAAGGAAGCAGCGGAAGAGCAGGCCGAAGAAGAAGAUGAAGCUCUUGAUCAAGCAGAUGAGACCAUGGUAGACGGGAAACGUUCCAAAACUGGCGUCAUCUCUGGCUCUAAGAAAGAGAAGAUGAAAGCCGAGCGUGAAAAGGCACAAGCUUCCGAUCCUGCCCAUCCCAACUUCGUGCGCUGGUCUCCUUCCACCGAGAUCGGCGACUUUAUCCGCGACGCCGCGAGAGGAAAGGAGUUCGCUGUUGAUAUCGAAGGCACUCCAGAGGCUAUUUAUGUUGGUGUUCCGAGCUUUCGCGAUCGCACUUACUAUCUUCGAAUGCGGCUGCGGAAAAUCUCAAAACGUAUAUCUAACUUGGCAGACAUCAAACAGGAAUGCGACAACCUUGCGGAACGAGGAGCGAAGAAUGUGGCCAAACUCGGGUUCUCGGGCCUCGUGGGAUGGUGGGCUGUCGUAUACUAUCUGACAUUCCGUACCGAACUGGGCUGGGAUGUGAUGGAGCCCGUGACAUAUCUAGUCGGACUGACAGGUAUCAUUGGGGGUUACAUGUGGUUCUUGUACCACAAUCGCGAAGUGAGCUACAAGAGCGCAAUGCACGUCACGAUGAGUCGAAGACAGGCUCACUUGUAUCAUUCCAAAGGUUUCGAUCUGCCUAAGUGGGAGAUGUUGGUGGAGGAAGGAAAUCGACUGCGACGAGAGAUCAAGAUCAUUGCCGAGGAGUAUGACGUUGAUUGGGACGAAACAAAAGAUGAGGGCGAUGAAAAGGUCAGGGAGGCCUUGAAGAAGGAACGAGAGAAGAAGAAGGAAAAGGAUGAGGACAAGGACGACAAAAAGGAGAAGGGUGACGAGGACGAAUGAGGGGCUGCAACGGAACCAUCAUGACUAAACCAGCUGCUCUUGACUGACAUGCACCUAUAAUAUUUUUUUUGGCAUAGCGACGCGAAUGUCAUGGAAGAACUGUACAUAUCGAUGAUACCCUAGACAACGCAAU